UCUCUCUCCACUAAACAAAUUUAAUCCAGUAACAUCGGUGCAAUGGAAGGAAAACUUCGCAAUACAACUGUGGGGAAAAAAGUUCUGUUAAAGCAAAGGGACUAAAAAAUCGGAAAGAUUUUUGUUAUAUAAAGUGUAGUUUCUUUCUUAAAUGCGUGGUGUCUCACUCAAUGUGACAUAUGCAAGACGUCGAAACCAGCAGCGGGAACCCUGGAAAAAAACACACCGAUUACACCAAUCCAUAGCUGAGCCAGAAUGUCCAAGGUGGAAUUGGUCCGUUCUCAUUUGCAGGACUUUGGAAUGGCAGCUAAUGUCAUUCUAAACCAAAACAUAAAAAAGCAGAUAAAGGCUGGCAAGUCAGUUCAUGCUUUUGGUUUUGGGCAGUCGCCAUUCCCCGUAAUGGAGGAAGCCAUCGAGGCACUUCGUGAACACGCAGAAGAGAACGAGUAUGUGCCGGUUGCAGGUAUUCCUCUACUACGGCAAGCAAUCAGUGAUUUCCACUUCCGGUACGACAAAAUCCGAUUCUCACCGGACAAUAUCAUUGUUGGGCCUGGAAGCAAGGAGUUGAUAUACGCGUUAGUUAACGUUUUCGGAGGAGACAUAUUAGUUAUAUCCCCGUCUUGGACCACGUACAAACCUCAAACCCAGCUGGCCAACCAAAGAUGUGUAGUUCUAAAUACCACAGCGGAGGACGAGUGGAGGGUGACUCCAGAAAUAGUCGAAAAGGCGAUGGAGGAUAAAACACUGUCGAAAUAUAAAUUGCUGAUACUGUGCAAUCCAGACAACCCAACUGGAACACAUUACACUGAGGAGCAUCUGGCCGACCUCACGGAAGUAUUUCGGAAACACAAUAUCCUUGUUUUGAGUGAUGAAAUUUAUGGCCGGUUGUGUUUUAAUCAUAAGCACGUCUGCAUGUCAAAGGUGUACCCAGAGGGCGCUGUAAUAAGUACCGGACUUUCAAAGUGUGCGAGCGUAGGAGGAUGGAGAGUCGGUUACCAUGUAUUUCCUGAUGAACUCAAAACACUGAAAGAUGCCGUAGAAUGUGUCGGGAGCAACACCAACUCUUGUGCCUGUACGCCAGUCCAAUAUGCCUUAGCUAAAAUGCUCAACUGUGAAGAAAAGUUUGACCAGUAUUUAAACCAUACAACUCGAAUCAUGGCGAAAGCAGGUGAUUACGCUUACAAAGAACUAACAGCUGCCGGCGUUGAAGCUGUGAAGCCCUACGGAGGUUACUAUUUAUUCCCAGACUUUGGUAUUCUGAAACCAGCUUUAGCAAAACGCGGAAUCACCACUGGGAACAAGAUGUGUGAAGCUAUGUUCAAGGAGAAAUCUAUUGUAUUAAUGGCUGGUGGUCCAGCCUUUCUUCGUCCAGAGAGUGAGCUGACCACCAGGCUAUGUUACGUCAACUUUGACGGGAAAAAGGCCUUACAGAAAAGUCGUGAAAUAGGUUUAGAUAAACCUCUGCCCGAAGACUUUAUUAAAGAACAAUGCAGUCCUUUAUAUCAUGGUAUACAGGCCAUCGUGUCUUGGGUGUUGGAACAAAAAGAGGACUGAAAGAUUUCAAACAGCAACAACAACAAUAACAACAACAGCAACAACAACAACAACAACAGCAACACCAACAACAACCUCAGGCAUUAAAGACGGUAAUGAGGAAAACUGACAAUCUAUUUAUUAAUCCUAUAACCUACCCUACUUCCCCACCUCCACCAUAAGAUAUAUAUAUAUAUAUAUAUAUAUAUAUAUAUAUA